AUGCUGAUGCCGUUUCUAGCUCAGACCUCUCAAACUACACGCCCUGUUGCGAGCUGUUUUGGGCUGCAUCGCCGCCACCCGCCGCGGAAUUUCGGCCGAUAUUGUAGAUGGUGGGGGACAAGAAGCAGGUCAAUCCAUUCCCCUCGCAGCGUAUUUGGACCCAACAAUGGCGCUCCAUCUAGUGAUACUGUGAAGAAAAGAAAGAUAGUGGAGCACAUUAUUCUGCUCAGAGCCAAGCCAAACAUCUCAGAUGCUGAAGAAAAGGACAUGCUUGAUUACUUAUAUACAUCUCAGUAUCAGAUGAGAGGGAUACUCACUGUGUCAUUAGGCCGCAUAGAGGGCCCUAAUAGCGAGAGCUUCACGCAUGCUGUAUUCAUGCGUUUCCAACAGAAAGAAGACAUUGCAAAGUUCCAGAAUAGCUCAUACUAUUUCAAUGUUCUCGACGAGCAUGUGAAACCCGUUUCCUAUGGCUUGGUUUCUGUAGAUUUUGAAUCUGAGGUGGAAGAUGACAUUAUCCCUCUCUUUCGGAGGGGCGAGGAUUUCAACUACGGAGUCGAGUUUAUGCUGUUGAUAUCUUUCCUGGAGACUGCAUCCAGAGAGUCUGUGGAGGAUGCAUUAGCCCAUCUUCAAAAGCUGAUCAUCCACUACAAUUCUUUCAUUGUUCAGGCAACCUCAGGUUGCUGUCUGGAUCAUAUGGAUAGUCUGUACAGUCACGCUGCAGUUAUCCGUUUUCCAUCAAUUGACGACUUCAAAUUAUUCAAGGAGAGCACGGAAUACAAGGAUAUGUGGACAUCCAAAUUUCAUCCGGUUACCGAGAGAUGUCUCGAGCUGCAUUUCGUCGUUGACCCCGUCGGCAACCAGCUGAUGUAG